AUGGCCGCGGGGCGCGCAGCGGGCGCGGAGCGGAGCGGGCGCGGCGCCCGCCCGGCCGCUUUGUGCACGGCGAGGCCGGCGGCGGGGGCCCGGCCCCGGCCCCGCGCGGAGCCCGCGCCCCCCGGGACCCCGCCGGGCCGCGGCCGCUCCGGCGGCCCUCGGUCCCCGCUGCCGCUCCGCGCCGGGGACGCGCUGGAAAACAAAGGGGCGAAGAAAGUGCCGAAAACUGCCCCGGCGGCGACGGGCCCGGCCCCGCGGAGCCCCGCACCCCGCGGCCCGCACGGCCAGGCCACGCACAGUAACGGCGGUUCUUGUUCCCCGCGGGCGGCUCGUAAUUUUGGGAGCAGAGGGCAGCAGGAAGUUGGCUCCAGCCCCUCUCCCGCGCAGCAAUGCCGGCUGCAGCAGCGCUCGCCCUCGGCCGUGGAGCCCCUGGACCCUUCCUCCCACCCUGACGCUGCCUUUUGUUCCCGCAGGACCGAGCCAAGGUUCUGCUCGGUGGGCCGAGGCAGCACAGGCAGCUCCGCGUGCCUGGCACCGUCGCCUGGCCUUGUUGUGGCCACUGUCACACCAGGGCCCGGUGGUGGCCGCUCUGACAAAAGCUAA